AUGACGGGUGUAUUACCAGCACAACCUGGAGUAGGUGCACCUGGUCAAAUUGGUGGCGUAUACGGUCAACCUGGUCAACAAGGUGUUUUACCAGGUCAACCUGGAAUAGGUGCACCUGGUCAAAUUGGUGGCGUGUACGGUCAACCUGGUCAACAAGGAGUAUUACAAGCACAACCUGGAGUAAGUGCACCUGGUCAAAUUGGUGGUGUGUACGGUCAACCUGGUCAACAAGGUGUAUUACCAGCACAACCUGGAGUAGGUGCACCUGGUCAAAUUGGUGGCGUGUACGGUCAACCUGGUCAACAAGGUGUAUUACCUGGACAACCUGGAGUAGGUGCACCUGGUCAAAUUGGUGGCGUGUAUGGGCAACCAGGUCAACAAGGAGUAUUGCCAGGACAACCUGGAGUAAGUACACCUGGUCAAAUUGGUGGCAUUUACGGUCAACCUGUUCAACAAGGUGUAUUACCAGGACAACCUGGAGUAGGUGCACCUGGUCAAAUUGGUGGCGGGGACGGACAACCUGGUCAACAGGGUAUAUUACCGGGACAACCUGGUCAGCUAGGUGUCACACCUGGCCAACCGGGUGUAGGAGCAGGACAAAUUGAUCAACUUUAUAACGUACCCGUUCAACCUGGUCAACAAGGAUUACUACCAGGUCAAUUAGGUGUUGGUACAGCACCAGGACAAAUUGGUGGUGUUUUUGGACAACCUAGUCAACAAGGUCUUGCACCAGGACAACCAGGUGUUAGUGUUGGUCAAAUUAUACCUGGACAAAUUGGCGGUAUUUACGGACAGCCUGGUAUAGGUGCAGAUCAACUUGUACCUGGACAACAAGGCUUAUUGCCGAGUCAGCCCGGAGUUGGAGGAGGUUUAUUGCCACCAGGCCAACUUGUUGGCGGUUAUGCACAACCUGGUGCUGUGGGACUUCCUUCUGGAUUUACCGGUGUUACUGGUCCGAUAGGUCAAUUUGUAGGUGAGUAUAAAACAGAAGGUGUUCCAGGUUCAUUAGUUACUGGGGAUGGUACAAGUGGAGCGGAUGAUGCAUUUUCACAAGCUGAGUCUUCAAUAGCUGAUGGACAGGCAGCUGCAAGUGCUCAAGGAAAGAAGAAUGGAGGUACAGCAAAGACUCAAGUCUCUGGUACAUAUAGCUCUUCUGGUACAUUUAGUGCAAGCGCAAUGACUUCAGAUAGUGAUCGUUCAGCAAAUGCACAAGUUAGUGGAAGUGUUGAGGGUGCAAUGAGUCAAUCGCAAGGCCAGGGAGGUGCAGCACAAUCACAAGCUCAGGUGCAAGUCAAUUCAAAGAAUGGUGGAACUAAAGCAUCAUCGCAAAGUGGAGGAAUAAUUCAUCAAAGUCAAAGCGAAGUUCAAGCAAACGAUAAGGGAGGAUUAGCUGAUGCUCAGUCUAGCGGGCCAGGCCAAACAUCAUCACAAGCACAAAUAGGUUUCCGUCCUAGACAAGAUGGCACCGAAUUAAUUUCAUCAAACGGUGGUGGGCAAGCUUCUGCUCAAUCUGGUAGUCACUCAGGGCAAAGCCAGUCUCAAAUACAUGGCACAUCCAAAUAUGGCGUAUCUUACCAUGGUGCUGCACAAUCGGCUUCAGGUACAAAAGAACAAGUGGCAACUUAUCGUGAGCAAAACCGAGAAUUAUUUCACUCCAUUAGCCAGUUUGGAAAUGGUGAUGCUGUAACGGAUCGUGUAGAUACUCUAUACAGUGGCCCCGCAUUAACUGCUGAACCGGGACUAUUACCCGAUUUACAAUUAAAAGCGUCAAAAACCAGUAAAGAAACAGCAAUUAAUAAAGUAAACAAUGAAUCAGGUACUUUGGCGGAAGAUGAAGAUGACGAAGAACCAUACGAAGAUUAUGACGACGAAGACGAUUAUUAUGAAAACCCGAUUAAGAUGGACUCAAAUUCCAAUACUCCCAAAUCUGAUGGAAAAGAUAAUAAAAAUGAAACCCCAACAUUACCCAGCACUUUUACACAACAAUCUCCAACGCAAGUACAAAAGGUAGCGAUAGCAAACGCUAAUGAUAAAUAUACAGUGGUUCAAAACCAAAAUGGACGUGAACAAAGAUAUCCAAUUCGCACUACAACACCAAAUGUUCCAAGCGGUUUUCGUGGAACUGUAAAUGUUGAAAAAAAAUUCCAUACAAAAGCACUUGAAUCGCACACAACAGAAAAUAAUGUUGAUGGCAACUCUAAAGAUCAUGAACACAGUAAAAUUCCGACACCAGACAGUUAUGUGACAGUAACCAAAUCAGUUACUGGCAGCAUGGAUAAUACUAAAAACCCACCGCAAGAGAAUAAAAAUUUCCAAUCAACAUAUUACACAAAAUCAUCAACCUGUGGUUAUUUCACUUUCUCAUGCAACAUUGUAUAUGGCGCCAAUGGUCGAAGCAAAAUCUGUCGUCCCAAAGCGCCAACCAAUGGAAAAUGCUAAUGCAAGCCAAUAAAUUUCCCUAAAAUUAUAUUAAAAUAAUUUACUAUUAAAUUACAUUAAAAUACAUAUGUUUUAUACGUUUAACAAAUAAUAGAAUAAUAAUUUAAACAAAUGCUAUAUGUAUGCAACAUAUUUAAUGAAACCAUCAAAUAUCCACACCC